AUGGGACUUCGAGAAGUGACAUGCGAGGACGACCGCGCCCUGCAAGAGAUUGCAGACUGUCUGGCUGGUUCGCACAAGAUCUUGCUCGUGACGGGCGCAGGCAUCAGUACCAGCUGCGGCAUUCCCGACUUUCGAUCCAAAGAUGGACUCUACAACAUGAUCCCCGGGCAGACCAUGCUCCCAACACCACCAUCAUCCGAGCCGUCCACUCCCACCCACACCCGAUUUAGAGACCUCAUGGCUGAGGAUGGUUCUUCGUCUCAAUCAAAAAGCAGAAGAGUAUCGUCGAGUCCGUCGUCAAGGCUCAAGGGUCAGGAUUUGUUUGAUUCCCGAGUGUUCCAGCAUGCUGAAUCCGCCACAAUGUUCUACCACUUUAUCGCUUCGCUCCGACAAAAGAUCCGCGACGAGGUACGGUCCACGAGCUCCGUCCACAAAUUCGUCAGAGUACUGCGCGACGGUGGCCGGUUGAUGAGGUGCUAUACCCAGAACAUCGAUGGUCUCGAGCUAAGAGAAGGGCUUGUGACAGACCUAGCACGCGGGAAAGGAAACAAACGCAGGUUCAUGAAGAAGCACUACGGGGCUCCGCGUCCUACGUUAACAGCCGGUACCGACUUCGAUGGAGGGUGCGAAGUCGUGCAACUGCAUGGUGACUUGGAAAAGCUACGGUGCACCAUGUGUUCAACCCAGUAUCCCUGGACCGACGAGCAGACCGAGAUCUAUAUGGAAGGAGCCGCGGCGGACUGCCCAAGAUGCAGAGACAAGAGUGACGAAAGACAAGCGAGCGGCAAAAGAGGUCUUGCGGUGGGCGCACUUCGACCGAACAUUGUCCUCUAUGGAGAAGAUCAUCCUUCUAACACUUUGCUCACACCCCUGAUCCCUUUCGACGCCAGCUGUCAACCUGACGUGUUGAUCAUCAUGGGAACAUCGCUGAAAGUGUUCGGGCUCCAGAAGAUUGUGCGGGAAUUUGCAAAAGCUGUUCAUUCACACAAGAAUAACAAAGGAAGGGUGAUCUUUGUCAAUCGAACUCGGCCAGCAGAGAGUGUGUGGGACGGCAUCAUCGACGACUUUAUCGCAAUGGACUGCGACGAUUGGGUGGACGAUCUGAAGAGACGCCGACAUGAUCUAUGGCUCCGACAAGGCGAGAUCGAUCUGGCAGUGACGAAGUCGCAGCAACCCAAAAGAAAACGAAAGUCCGUGGAAGAAUGUGAUGGGAAGGAGAAUAGACCUCAGAAGAAGACGAAGAUAUCUGUGGACAUCCCUCGUCCUGCAAAAGCCAGACAAGCCUCUUCCGGCACCCCUUGGAAGAACACGCCUGCUCCAAAGAAAGCUACCAUACCUUCCGAGUACCCAUGGCGAGGAAUACUUUCACCUCUUGCACAGGCGAAUAGAGCCCGAAUUUCACCUUUCACGUGUCCGCAUCGGACAGGGACAGAGGAUGAGGCCGGCGUUGUAAGUCCGAGCAAGCGAAGAUCGCCUAUCCGCCCACCAUUUUCUCCUUUGACGCCUGGCCCUCCUACCACUGCUGAAAGGGCCAACGACCAGACACCCGUCCGAGGUUUUCAGCGAAGGACACCAAAGCGGCCUGCUUUCUCGCCUUUCACACCAGGGGUUCGAUCCGGGAGCAAACUGAAGAGGGAGAUAUUUAUAAAUAACUAUCUGGACAACCCAACUUUACCCAACAGUCCUGCAGACAGGGACAUGCAGGGAGCGCUGCCUUCAGAUGAGGCAGACACAAUCAUUGUGAUACCAAACAAGGCGGGUGCACCUGCGACCGAAUUGAAUGAGUCCAAUUUUAUGGCACAGAUCUGGCAGCGAGUGAGAGAUGGACGGUUCUUCUCUUAUGCGCGGGAUUCAGACUCCAUUCGAGAACCGGCCGAAGAGGACAUUACCGAGGUCGAGACACCAUCGAAAGGUCCAAGAGGUCGGAAAAUCGACGUUUUUGCCGACUGA